AGUGUAGACUGUGUAGUACUGACUGCGCUCACUAUAAAUAUAAUUACUGUGCAACCUGAGAUUGAAGAGUGAGCGCUAGCACACUGAGCUCAAGCAAUUGUUUUGUCUCCUUUUUCUCCUCUCUGCUCGACGAAUGCGCUCCUUUUGAAUCGGAUUCCAGUUCCAUCGCCGGAAUUCGAAUAUCUCCUUUUUAUCUAGGGUUUAAUCCGACGCUUUCUUCGAUUCCGAAUCGAUCGGCCGAGCUGAAACGAUGGCGUUUUGGUGGCCGCUGGUAGUUAUCGCCUUUGCCGUCGCGAUCUGCAAGUUCCUGCUUAUGCUCAUUCCGCCAAAUGUGCCUUCGAUCGACGUCGAUGCCUCCGACAUGCUGGACGAUGGGAGUCAGACCAAGGAAAACAGCUUCAUCUAUAUACCCUCAAGGAGACAGACAGACAAAGUCCAAUGCUAUGAGCCUGCAACAAUGAAAUAUCUUGGCUAUUACCCUGCAUUGAAGGCUGAUGAGGUGAAAGAGCGUGUAGCACAAGCUAGGAAGGCUCAAAAGGCAUGGGCCAAAAGUAGCUUCAAGCAAAGGCGCCAGUUUCUGAGGAUACUUCUGAAGUACAUUAUUGAACAUCAGGCACUUAUAUGCGAAGUUUCUUCACGUGAUACUGGAAAGACCAUGAUCGAUGCUUCUCUAGGAGAAAUUAUGACGACCUGUGAGAAAAUCACUUGGCUUCUAGCAGAGGGUGAAAAGUGGCUAAAACCUGAAUAUAGGUACAUUACUUUUCCUUUUCCUUUUUUUUUUCUUUCUUUGGCGAAGUAUUCAACUUGAAUAGUCUCAAGCUUUUUUAUGCUUUAGGUUUCAGAACAUGCAAGCUGGUCAGGAUGUUUUUAUUUGCGUAUAAUUCAAGCUGCCCUCGCUGCUGUUGGAGCUCCAGAAAAUUUAGUUGAAGUUAUCACAGGGUUUGCAGAGACAGGAGAAGCUUUAGUUUCUUCGGUUGACAAAAUGAUAUUUGUUGGAUCACCGGGGGUUGGUAAAAUGAUAAUGAGAAGUGCUGCAGACACACUGAUACCAGUUACCCUUGAGCUUGGCGGGAAAGAUGCAUUUAUUGUAUGCGAGGAUGUUGACGUGCCUCAUGUGGUUCAAAUUGCCGUAAGGGGCGCUCUGCAAUCAAGUGGCCAAAACUGUGCCGGGGCUGAGAGGUUUUAUGUUCACAAAGACAUCUAUGCAACAUUUGUUGCUGAAGUUGUCAAAAUUGUGAAAGCUAUUACUGCUGGUCCUCCACUAGUUGGAAAAUAUGACAUGGGAGCAAUAUGCAUGCAAGAGCAUUCUGAAAAGCUUCAGAGCCUGGUGAAUGAUGCCCUCGACAAAGGAGCUGAGAUUGUUGGUCGAGGAAGUGUUGGGAAUAUCGGUGAAGGGGCUGUUGAUCAAUACUUCCCUCCUACUGUGAUUGUAAAUGUCAAUCACACAAUGAAACUGAUGCAAGAAGAGGCUUUUGGACCUAUCAUGCCGAUCAUGAAAUUCAGUAGUGAUGACGAGGUAGUCAAACUUGCUAAUGACUCAAAGUACGGACUUGGUUGUGCUGUAUUUUCGGGCAGCCAGCGACGAGCCAAAGCAAUAGCUUCUCAAAUACACUGUGGAGUUGCAGCUAUUAAUGAUUUCGCUUCAUCAUACAUGUGCCAGUCCCUUCCUUUUGGUGGUGUAAAAGACAGUGGGUUCGGAAGAUUUGCUGGUAUUGAAGGGCUGCGCGCUUGCUGUCUUGUUAAGUCCGUAGUGGAGGAUAGAUGGUGGCCGCUCGUCAAAACCAAGAUACCAAAGCCUAUACAGUACCCCCUCUCAGAGAACGGCUUUGAGUUUCAAGAAUCGCUCGUGGAAGCACUGUACGGUUUGAAUGUCUGGGAUCGUCUACGGGCAUUGGUGGACGUUGUGAAAACCCUUUCUGAACCCAACGGUCCAAAGAGCAAUAAAAGAGCUGACUGAAAAUGUGUGGAACUACUCAAUAUUUCCAAGGUUUGUCUUAAAUCUUCGCCCUGAAGCAAUUGGUCUUUCUUAAAUGGACUCAGUUCUGGUGGAUUUGAAUGAGCUUUAGUCUGUAUAUUCUGUUCUGCCACUGAUAUAAAACGCUUGGCUCUUUUAAUAACUUUACUGUAGGAGAACGCAUCUCAUAUUUCCUCUCUUGCGUUUUUUAGUCACACGUCAUUAGUUUUCAUUA